GUCUUCGAGUGAACAUUUGAGUGCUUUUUUGGAGCUGGAUGAAGCGCGUGCAUCAAGGCACCGAGCGCAGGUCACUUUAAACACAGUUUCCGUGUUGACGCGCGUGCGGCUGCACCCACAGCCUUCUUCACAUCACUCGAACUGAAUAACCUACAGGUUACUGAACGGUACUUUAAAAGGGCGUCUUUGUAUACAAUGGGGUCUUCGGAAAUAGCUCGGAAACAAAGAUACCUUGCGCAGAUGACCGGCACUAAGUCGCUCUCUCAGGCUCAGUUCAGCGCUGUGUGUGUCCCGCGCGCCGAGCGACUCUCUCCAGAAGGCGCAGGAGCUUCAGGAGCUUCCGGAGACUCAAAAUCCCUCACAACCAAAAGCGAGAGACCUGUAACACCAGACGUGGCUCGUUUCUGUGAAGAAUGCGUCGCUCGAGUGCUUGUUUUACAGGAACAAGCUCUGCGAGUGUUAAAGGAUGGUCACUUUUCCCCCAGAGAUCCAAAACUCUCCAUCCUUCUCUAUGAGAGCUUGCGAGUGCCUGCUUGGAUUGGCCUUGCUGGUUGCUGUGACGUCUGCUUCACUCACCUGAGCCAGCUCAAGCGGGAGGCCAUCCACAUGCUCCUAAAGCAAAACCGGACCAUCUGGCCCAAUUCUCCCCCUGCCGGCGUCUCACCCGGCUACGAUGCCUUGGGUUCUCACACUCUGCCUAGAGCCAUCAGUGCUCGUUCUCCAAGCCCCAAUAAACGGCAGAAGUUCAGCAAUCCGAGAACGGAAAGCUGGGUCAGAGAACACUCGCGCUUUGAGACCCUGUGGUGUGCAAAUAAUGAAACAUCACCUUUUGCUGACACGGUUUCUCAGGAUGGUAUGAAAAAGAAAAAAGACGAUGAGGCCACGGUUCUCUGCCGCUUCAGUGGUCCUUUGACAUUCAACACUUCCAAAGUUGCCGCGAUGCUGCCUGCUGGAACCUCUGCAGCUUUCUCUUUCAUCGUCAGGGCUGUCCAGAAGUUGCACUUGACCUCAAGAAGGAAGAAGCAGUGCUCUGAUAAUGAUUGCUAUCCCACAAACUUCUGUGGUCUUCUCCAGAAGGACCCUCCUCCUGUACCGUUAAACCUUUUACAGACUCACAGCAAGAGCAGAGAGUUACCAGAGAUGGCAAAGGUCAGAGUUAUGCUGAGACUCAACCCGAUUCUGACGGCAGACAUGUCUCAGUCCCAUGCCCUUAAAGUGGACCUACAUAAGAAACAGGUCACAGUGUUGGAUACUGUCACACAAAACACACAGAGAUCAGCAUCAGGCACCACUUUCACUCCAAAGACGUUCACAUUUGAUGCUACUUUUGGCCCUGAGUCAUCCCAGGCAAAGGUCUGUGAGAAGAGUUUGUAUGAGGUUCUCCAGUCUGUUGUUGCUGGAGCAGAUGGCUGCAUCUUAUGUUUUGGACAAACCAAAGUGGGAACAUCUUACACAAUGAUCGGAUGUGAUGAUGGGACACCAAACCUUGGGAUCAUCCCUUGUGCCAUUUCUUGGCUUUUCAAGCUCAUUAACAAGAAGAAGGACAAGACAUGGGCAAACAUCUCAGUAUCUGUGUCAGCUGUUGAGGUGUGCGGGGAGACUGAAGUGAUCAAGGAUUUACUGUCUGGUUUUGAGGCUGGUGAUCACACCCAUAAGCCAAAUGUUUACCUCCAGGAGGACCCUGUUUGUGGAAUACAGCUUUACAACAACAGGGUGGUAAGUGCUCCUACAGCAGAAAGAGCAGCCUGCCUAUUGGAUACCGCCUUAGCAUCUCGCAACAAAGGCAUCGCAGGGUGCAGAGGGACUUUUCAUCAUCACUGCCAUAUGUUCUACACUCUUCAUGUCUGCCAAAAACACAUAGAGAGCAGCCCCACAUCUGGGAUGUAUGUAGAACAAAGCAAGCUGAGCCUAAUUGACUUAGGAAGCUGUACCAGAGAGAGAAGUAAAAACAACACAGAGGUCUGUCUUCUUGACCUGGGCAAUGUUAUUAUGGCCAAGAUAAAUGGGCACAAACAUGUCCCUAACAAGGGGAGUAAACUGGCCAUGCUCAUGCAAGACUCCCUUGGAAAUGUAAACUGCCACACAACGAUUGUAGCCCAUGUCUCCACCUCUCAUGAAGACCUGUCUGAAACUCUGUGCACCAUCCAGAUUGUCUCUCGCAUUCGAAGAUUACAAAGGAUCAGAAAACAAACCUGCAACUCACCUGGAUCAAGAAGCUUGGGCAAAGAAAAAAAAGCAAACGACUCCUCUAAGCUAAGAGCGUUUCGCUAUGCAGGUUUAUUGGAACAUACUUUUUCUUUGCCUCACCUCUUUGACGAUCCAGGAGACUAUUCUGAGAGUGAUAAGUCAUGCGACACUGUGUUCUGUGUGGAUCCAAAAGGUGUCCUUCAUGAUAAUAAAGGAGUCAGAGGGAAUCAAGAGUUUGUGCCAAUAAUUCCAUCUUUGCAAAGGAACAAGGCAGACUUAAAAAGCUCUUUCUCUAUAAAACACAGUGAUAUCAUACAGUCGAAUCAAAAUUCAAAAGAAAUGAAAAAACCUCCUGCUCAACAAAAUUCUAGUACUCCUGAUUUGGAGUGUUUCAAGUGCAACACCUUUGCUGAACUACAGAAUCGACUGGAAUGUAUUGAUGAAAGUGAAAUGGUGGGCUUGCAUUCUUGCAAGAUACAGCCUGCAAAUGCUAUCGUUAAAUCUGAACCUCUCUCAAGCAAAGUUGUGAAGAUACCAGCUGAAAAGCCAGAGAUUCAACAAUUUCAAUGUAAAAAACAGGCUAAUAACCAGGAACAAGGACAACCUACUCAGAGAGAUGCCUUUAUGAAGGACAUUAAGGAAAUACCUUGCGAGUAUAGUGGUCAAGACAAAAUUACUCAAAAUAUUCUCCCAUGCUCACCCAGAUUUCGCAUGUCUAGUAGCUCUAUGCAAUGUGAACAAGUCACUGAAUCCCAAAGCCUUACUAAAACAAUGGACACGACUCCUUCUGUACCUUUUCCAGUGGAAGGGCUGUCAUCUGAUAAGUCCACAUUGCCCCUCAAGAUUCGGAUACCUCCUGUGGGCAAAAGCUCAUCCUCCCCGUUUUCUGCCCUAGGGACCCCAGUUUCUUUCCCUAUUACCCGAUGUGAAGUUAUUCCACAGUUUCCUAUAGAGAACCAAGGAGAGAAAGCAACCAUCACUGUAACAGUUCAGCAGCCACUGGAUUUGAAUGGACAUGAUGAACUUAUAUAUUCUGUGGUUAAGGAAGUGGAGGUCAAUAGCCCAGUUAAUAAAGGCAAAUCUGCAAAAAUAGCAAAUAUUGCUGAGCUUGAUUCUCUUAAGAACUUGCCACUAGGGUCUCAGCCUGUGAAGAUCAUUGGCAGUGUUGGAAAGGAACAAACAGCUGCUGAUUCUGUAUCCGAAGUUCAGGCUUUAAGUACAAUUGGUAAGCCAUCAUCAGAUUUAUCUGCAGGCAAGACCAUUUCUAUGGGUCAAAACCAUGCUGUCAACUUAAAGACUGAUAAUAAUCCCUCUCCACUUGACGUUAGGUCAAAGGAAUCCCAGUCUAAGACUGUCACAGAGGUGGCCAAAACUGAUUUUGGCUCCACUUCCCAAUAUGAGGUCUCAAGGUUCGGGGAGUAUGCAUUUGAGAUGGCAGCAGAGCAAGAAUGUGUUAAGAGAAAGUGUAACCAAAGUAGUGGGCAGCUUUGUUGUGAGUUCAAAGACAAGAUUUCUCCAACAAAUCAGACGAAAUUAGAAGAUUUUCCGAUGAAACCAGAAGAAAAUCUAGUCAGUAGUUAUUCAACUUAUGACACAAGCAGUCCUACAAGAGCUUGGCUUGGUACUGACAAACAGCAUGCCUGUAAGGACUCCCUUUAUCCCUGUACAAGCUGGAAAAAUGAGACGUCAUAUAAUCCAAAAGCAACGCUAGAAAAAAAAAAUUCUGUUGCGAAACCAAGCCUUGUAGAAUGGGCAAAAUAUAGUAAAUCAAUGCCUUCAGUGCCAAGAUCAGAUAACAGCAGUCCUAAGAUAAACAGAAAACAUGUGCAGCCUACUAUGACCCAGACAAACUCAGAGAAUCAGCUCAAAACUGCAAGACCCAAAUCCCCUAUUGAUGAGAGCACUAAGCUAUUUAGUGCAAAAUUGGAGCAGCUAACAAACAGAAGCCGAUCCCUAAGUAGAUCACAUGUAGAGUGUGUUGCUGUACAGCCUUUUGAGCAGAGCAAUGCUGUGUUCAUUCAGGGUUCUUCAAGGAGUAUGGAGGGCAAUUGUACCCCACCAAGGGUCAACAGACAUCUUGAGAAGCAAAAUUGCCAGGAUUUGGGUUCUAAAGGACAUUUGGAAGGACAAUAUGCAUUAGGUCAUGCCAAAAACACUGCCUGUCCUGGUUUGCUGACAGUUUCUGAAGCAGAUAUCCUCACUUUGUCUCAGGCUAAUCAUAGCCUUAGGAGAGUUCCAAGGUUUUUCCCACUUUAUGAUGUUGAUGAACGUGACACUACUCAGCCUUGCAAAUAUAGUCAGCCUAAUAUGUCAAGUAUAAACAAGGUUUUGUCUAGCCCAGCAGUUCACACGUUGUCUGGAACGGCCCCCAAUAUAUGUGUAUCACCAAAAUCUAACAGACGCUCAAUAAAUAGAAGCUCAAGUCUGACAUCUGAUGGAUUUUCCAGAAAACAAAUCUCAUGGUCAUCCCAGUCUUUAUCCCGAAAGCAGGUGAAAGCAUCUAUCUCCUCCAAAUAUCCAAGCAAAAUAUUGAAUGGACGGGUUGAGUUUCUUAGAGCAAGUGAGGACUCUCUCUCUAGCUCUAGCCAAGGUAGCUCAGAUAUCGACGAUCUUGAGGAGUCAAAAAGAAAAAUGAAACUGUUGAACCAAACCUUAUCUUCCCCAUACAGUAGGAUUACAGCGCCACGUAAACCAAACAGUUGUAGUGGACAUGCCAGUGAUAACACAAGUGUUCUGAGUGGGGAGCUUCCUCCUGCCAUGUAUAAGACUGCAUUGCUAUACCAUCGCAACAGUAUGGUCAGCAGUGGUUAUGAAAGCCUGAAGAGGGACAGUGAAACCACAUAUAGUAGUACUUCAAUACAUGACUCAAUCAGCGAUCAGAGCUGCUUCUACAGUACUCUAAAGGAUGCCAGAAUUUCCAAGAAAAGAAACAACACAGUAUCCCAUCAAAGACAUCCAUCACAGGACACCCUCUCAUCUUUAAGAAGGUCUGUGAGUGGGUCCAAAAUACACUGGGUAGAUCGUGGUACCACAGAUGCAUAUGAAAUUAAAGUUUAUGAGAUCGACAGUGUGGAUAGUUUGCAGAGGAGAGGAAAGGCAGGGAACAAGAGUGUUGUCUGCUUCAGUGCCAAGCUGAAAUUCCUGGAGCAUCGACAACAAAGGAUUGCAGAGAUGAGGGCCAAGUACAACACCCUAAAGAGAGAGCUGGAACUAGCCAAACAGCAUCUGAUGGUGGAUCCAGAGAAAUGGACCCAUGAAUUUGACCUCUGGCAGACAUUUGAAGUAGAUUCUUUGGAGCACUUAGAGGCCCUUGAGCUGGUCACACAGCGUCUGGAGUGCCAAGUCUUCCGCUGCAAGGCGCAUGUCAUGAUGGUAACCAGUUUUGAUGUGUCACCAAAGCGAAGACAGAAGAAGAAAUACCGAUCACCUGUCAAUUAUAAGGGGUUCAUAGGAAUGUAGCAUACCAAGAGUUUAAAUUAAUUUUACCUUUAACUUUUAACGAUGUACAAAAUGCUAGUUUCAUACAGUGUGUACAUUAACUGUGGUUCUAUGAAUGCUGGAUAACUGCCAACAUUGAAACUAUCAGGUGAGAAAUACAGCUCCUUCUAUGCAUGUGCAUGCAUUCAAGGACCUUCCUGUAAUGAUGUAUGAUGUAGUAUUUGCAAUAAAUACCUGUACCUCUGUCAUGCAGCCAUCUUUCCCUGAAACCUUCUCUUCAAGCCAAUAACUGUAUAAAUAGAACCAGUUACGUAUUGUAUGUAACUGGUAUGCUAUUUCACCCUUCCUAACCACAGCAACAAUGUCAUGAGGAACUGGACUGUCAAGUCUGCCCUGAAAGGUGCUCAGAGAUGACCAUCAUAGUCACAGUAUUGGAAUGAUAGAUAGAUAGGAAAGAUCUAGAUAGGAAAGAUAGAUAGGAAUGAAAGAUAACCUUGUUGAACCUGUUGAAGGUGUAUGGUAAUAUCGAGUAGCAAUAAGACAGACUUCCUGGAGCAGCCCACCUAAUAAAUGCCCAUUAGAAAGGACUACAACUUUUAGAGGUGCACUUAUUGGGGGGCCGGAGUAUGCAGCUCAACAAGUCUUUUAGCCAAAGUGAUCCCAAGCAAAAUAGCGAGCAGGCCAUUUCAAGACAUCAUGGGCUCAUUAAAGAUGGAGGUCUUUCUCUCCUUUUUGAGACCACACAGUGAUGCCAUGCAUGGUGAUAUGGAAUUCGCUGCAGUCUUGCAGUCCCUGAAGAAAAAAGCCAGGUUCUUGGCAGUUGGGCUGGGUUCACACAAUGAGGUAAACAUCACUUGCAGAACAGCUCCCACCUAAUGGCAUAAAAAACCUGUGUGCUAGGGGCUCUUGUGUACAGGAGUGUUUCCUGGACUGCUCGGUUGCAGAGUAACAAGAAUCAGCAAUUGAGGAAGAAUGGCAUAGGUAGGUUGUGUGCAGUGGUUGGCCAAAGUAUCCUAUACUAGCAGGUUGUUCAGUUUUUGGUUACCUUGGUGAAGAGGUCCACCUAUAACUUGCCAAAAAUUUCCCAGAUCUGGGCUAACACUUCUGGGUGCAGACAUUACUCUCCUGGACAGUGUACCUGCUGCAUUAUUGUACAGUCCUGGCAGAUGAAUUGGCCUCAGUGAGGUUAGUUGUGGAUGGACCCACCUGAGGAGAUUCUCUUCAAGGUGUUGAGAGACAUUUGACCUUGUGCCAUCCUAAUGGUUGAUAUAGCUGAUGUCACAACAUUGCCUGGGCUGACCAAUAUGUGGCAACAUCUCAGAAGCAAUAAGCACUCAAGGGCCGUAUGGCUGUUCCUCAAUUCCGGUUGGUUUAUGAGUUUUUACUAGAGAUGCACCGAUACUAAAUUUCUCAGCCAAUACUGAUAACUGAUUAUGCAGAGUGAUAUCGGUCGAUACCGAUAAUCGAUGCCGAUAGUUCUACAUUUUAUGCCUUCUUUUAAAUUAUAUAAUCAUAAUAAUUAUUAAUAAUAAUUAAUUCCACAGUUCUGUAGGAAAUGCAAAUAAAAGCUUUAAUCUCUCCAUUUGAACAAGUUGUUUCACAGUAACUGGUCUCGUAAACAGAAAACUUACUCAAAUUAACAUUAACACAUGAACUAAAUUCUCACGAUUAAAGUAAGAUUUCUUAAUUUAUUGAAUGUUAUUAAUUCAUUUUAACAUUGACUGAAUUCUAAAAAAAAAAAAACUCCUAUCAGUCUCACAUUCACUCACCACAAACAAAAGCAUUUGUGCUUCAUCACUGAACAUCAAACUGGUAAUAUAUAAUAUAAACCUUUUUAUAUAUUAACAUUAACUGGAUAUGAAAUAUACUACUCUACAAAUAUAUUUUUUCUGUGCAAUAUAUACUUUUUUGUCAACUCAUCUUUAUUUAAAUCUUUCACCGGUGUACUGGGUGUUUAAUUCAGCGCGAGCAGCGUGGCAAAUUUAAAUUAAAAAAAAAAUUUUGGACUCAACGCCAAAACUCCCGCUUCACCGCUGAUCACUUCCGGUGUAAAAUUUUAGCAGUGCAGAGAUUACAGAGAUUACAAACUGCAGUUUUGUCGUCAUUCCACACAAGAGACAUCAUCUUUACACACAGCACGAAAUCCAUGUGUUUUCCCGCCCUCUUUUGAUUGACAGGAUAUAAUCGGCCCUGAACAUCAGAUGUUUUUAAACGAUUGGCUGAUGGCCCAUAGCGUGAAAAAUAGCCUUUAUCAGCCAAUACAUCGGUGCAUCUCUAGUUGUUACCUUACAAAAAGGGACCACAUAUCCACCAUUUCCUUGUGACACCACACCACUUCCCAGCCUAUAACAAAGGCAUCUGUAGCAAUUAUCUCUCACCAGUGGGCAGACACUGCAUCCUUGAGAACAUACUGUAUAAUAAGGCAACUUGCAUAAAGUUGGUGCACAGCUUCCAGAGAAAGAAGAAAGGAAAAAUGAAAGAUGGCUGUAUGAAGGCUGUAUUAAUUGCAAGUACUGCAUCAUAAGUAUGUGACUUUAUGGAACAUCUCAGCAUAUGUGCAUAUGCACAAGGAAGUAUCCAGGCGUUUCUUACUGCAAGUUAGGUGGGGUAAAAUAGAAGAGAAAUGAAACCAUCUUGUAUGCCUCUAAGGCAGGGGUUCCCAAACUAUUUAUUUACAAAUGGGGUCACGAGAGAAACUUAUCAUCUCUUCUUUUCUUCCAUUCAAUAAUUUUACAGUUUAAUAUUAGAAAUACCAAUGACCGAUACUGUGUGCUAAUAUUUUGAAAUGUUACUGGGAGUCAUAUUCAAACAAGACACAUUAAAAUGAAUAAGGUACAUGUUAUUUUAGUAUUCUUCACUAUCCUGACAUGCAUCACUGGUGUAGUUCAGCAAUAAAAAUGGACAAAUUUCCCUGUCCAUCUAUCUCUGCUAAACAAACUAACAUUGGUUCUCAAAUCCCAUGCUUAGGUACUGUUCUAGAGCACUUUUGAAUAGUAACACUGACCGGGUUUCCUAUUACAGUUUUUGAAGUUUGGAUUUUAAAAACCUCACAUGUGGCCUUUGAACCUACUGAAAGGUCUGUUUUAUGUACCAGUAUUCUGAAUUUUCUAGAUUAGCAAAUACCUUUGAAUGUAAGGUUAGAGUUUUUGAUUUGAGAAGUUGAUCAUGAUAACAGUCAUGAUGACAGCUGAAAAUUUAAAGAGACAGAGCUAGUCAGUGUGUUUAACAUAGCUUUGCAUGAAAACGCAAAAAGGUUUUACAGUUUUGCUUCUGCAAGUGCAUGCAAAGUAAUGUGCCACGUAUAAACCAGAGUCCUCAGGCCAUAUUACAUCACCCUGGCAUGGAUUACUUUCCUCUAACAACAAUAAUUCCCACUAGAGUGGUAAGUCAGAGCAAGAAAUAAUCAUUUGGCUUUUAGUCACUUAUGAUACACAUACGUAUGUUGCAAACAAAAAAAUUUCAAAUGUUAUUAUAGUCCUAAACCCUCAAUCAAAGAUUAAAGAAAGUCAAAGCUUGGGGUCACAGAAAAUUUAUAAUGUCCUUUUGGGGUCAUUUCACCAGACCUCUGAAAACAAAAAUGUUUGGGAACCUCUGCUCUAAAGUACCACUAAUGUAUGUAGCUAUUACACACUGCUGCUGGUCAUGUCAGACUUGAAAACAAAUGGCCACUUUGGCGACAGCUAAUGCUUGGAUACAGGUCAAGGCAACAUAUUGGAGAGCAGAGAUACAAAUGACCCUGGCAGAUGGAGGUCCUAAAUCAAGCUGGCCAAUAAAACUAGUUUACAAAUGCCUUUGCUCCUAAUUUGCUUCCCCAACCAUACAAACAACAUACCAAAUGCAUCACUUUGAAAAUUCAUCUUCAUAUAUGAUAUAUAUGUAUGUUUAAAAAAAAAAAUCUAGUUUGUAGUAAGGUUUUUUAUGUGGUAAUACAAAUGUUUUCCAAGUGGUCAUAUUAGUUCAUACAUAUUUAUUUGCAAUGGUCUUAUUUACAGUGCCCUCAACUAAUAUUGGCACCCUUGGUAAAUAUGAGCAAAGAAGGCAGUGAAAAUUUGUAUUAUUGUUUAACCUUUUGAUCUUUUGUUAAAAAAAUUCACAAAAAUACAUCGCAAGGGCUCUGAGACCAUUCCUCCAUACAGAAUCUCUCCAGAUCCUUCAAAUUUCGAGGUCCACGCUGGUGGACUCUCUUCUUCAGUUCACCCCACAGGUUUUCCAUGGGGUUCAUGGGACUGGGAUGGCCAUGGCAGGACCUUGAUUUCGUGGUCAGUAAACCAUUUUUGUGUUGAUUUUGAUGUAUGUUUUGGAUCAUUGUCCUGCUGGAAGAUCCAAACAUAUUUGAUAGAGUCCAUGAUGCCAUGUAUCCUAAGAAAAUGUCCAGGUCCUCUGGCAGAAAAACACACCCAUAACAUUAAAGAGCCAACAUAUUUUUAAAAUGUGGACACGAGGUACUUUAUGGCUGCCUCUCUGUCUGUGCCAAAACCACCUCUGGUGUUUAUUGCCAAAAAGCUCUAUUUUGGUUGAACCCGAUCCCCUAUGAAGUUCCAGUAGUGUCUGGCAAACUGAAGAUGCUUGAGUUUCAAACAACUUGUGGUGAUGUAGGUGACUUCGGAUUGUAGUUUUGGAGACUUUCUGACCCCAAGACUAACUAACUUCUGCAAUUCUCCAGCUGUCAUCCUUGGAGAUUUUUUGGCCACUCAGACCAUCCUGUUCACAGUGUGUUAAGACAAUAUUGACACACGUCCAAUUCCAGGUUGAUUCAUAACAUUUCCAGUUGACUGGAACUUCUUAAUUAUUGCCCUGAUGGUGGAAAUGGGCAUUUUCAAUGCUUGUACUAUUUUCUUAUAGCCUCUUCCCAUUUUGUGAAGCUCAACAACCUUUUGCUGAACAUCACAGCUUUAUUCCAUGGUCUUAAACGUUGUUAUGAAUGAGUAAGGGAAUUAGGCCCAUGUGUGACCUCAUAUUUAUAAACCUGUGAAACACCUAUGUCACCUAGGUGUAAUAAAAAAUUUAAAAGAUCUACAUAUAAUGUAUAUAUGGGAAUAUACUUCAAAUAUAUUUUCUCAUAUGAAUUCAUAGGGGUGCCAAUAAUUGUGGCACACCUAUAUUUAACAAAGAUAUUUUUGAAUAAUCCUGUGUUGUGUUGGCAAUUGUUUGAUAUCUAUGAGAGAAGACUAUAUUUGUGAAUUGUUUUAACAAAAAAUCAAAAAGUUAAACAAUUUUUCACAGCUUUAUUUGUUCAUAUUUACCAAUGGUGCCAAUAUUAGUGGAGGGCACUGUAUAUAAAAAUUUAAUCAGUAUAUAAUAUGGGAACUGUACUGAUCCUCACGAAGUUCUCACAAAUAUACACUAACAAAUAACCUUAUACUGUUUGUAGGAUACUUCACACUGUAAUUAAACAUACUCAUUUUGCGUACUACAUAUAGUAUUCAUCAUUAAUUUUAAUGCUUUUAAUAAAAUUUCUUCAUGCACUCAUUUAUUUAGCACUUUACAACAGAUUUGUUCAUCCAUCCAUCCAUUUUCUAUACCGCUUAUCCUGCUGGGUCGCGGGGAACCUGGAGCCUGUCCCAGGGAGCAUGGGGAACAAGGCGGGGUGCCAGUCCAUUGCAGGGCACAAUUGCAUACACAUUCACACACCCAUUCAUACACUAUGGACACUUUGGACAUGCCAAUCAGCCUACCAUGCAUGUCUUUGGACUGGGGGAGGAAACUGGAGUACCCGGAGGAAACCCCCACAGCACAGGGAGAACAUGCAAUCUCUGCACACAGGGCAGCGGCGGGACUCGAACCCCCAACCCUGGAGGUGUGAGGCAAAUGUGCUAACCACUAAGCCACCAUGCACCCCUAUAAUGGAUUUGUGUAGUGUUUAAUUUUUUUUUUUUUUCAAAUUUACUGUGAAUUUUUUUUUUAAAUAAUAAAACUGGAAUGUCAUCACAUACUGUGAAAAAUAUAUUUCAAGGUCACUGUAAACUGUAAUGCAAAAAGUGACUCACCUAACCAGCCCGUUAUCCUGUCAGAAAGAAUAUGUCUCAUCUAAGAUAAAACAGGGAAAGCAGCUCUGUGUAGUCAUACUCAGUAAGACCUCAGAAUUCCUUUUUCCAGGGUAGUGUUUUGUUUCUCUUUCUGCUCCAGUUCCUACAUUUGAGCUGAUAACAGAUUUAUCUCCACUCUAAGAUGUAAAUCUAUAGAAACAAAUACUUGGAGAAAGAUUAUGUAUUGCAGGCUUUUAACUGUUAAUUGUGCACCUUUUGACUUUUUUGUAUGUAAGUGCAUAAAGCUUCAAUUGUUUAAUUAAUGUAAAACAGUGUAUUAUUCUUGAUUUAAUUAUUAUUAUUAUUUUUUUACAUAUACAUAUAUAUAUAUUUUUUCUUUACAUACUCUUUUCUUUACAUUCUUUACAUACAGUCUACAGAACCCAAUUGUUGCCUCUGAGUAUUUUCUUGGGGUAUAAAUGAGGUUUCAGACAUGCAAUCACCAAGGUGAAAACCAAAGAACACAAAAGAGAUAUAUAGUGGUUGACCUGCACAAAUCAGGUAAUGGAUAAUAUAAAUACAUUUAAAAAAGUUACCAGGGAAUACU